AUGGCCUCCGAGGCCGAGAAGAUCCGGGUGGUGAAGAAGGCGGAGGCCGAUUGCGAAGCGGCCCGCCUGCAGGGCGAAGGCAUCGCGAAGCAGCGCGAGGCCAUCGUGGAUGGUUUGAGGAGGUCAGUCACCUCGGGUACGAGCGAGCAGCUCUCCUCCGAAAAAGUCUCGGAGCUGCUGCUGAUCACCCAGUAUUUCGAGACGCUGAAGGAAAUCGGAGCGAACUCGAAGUCCAACUCCGUGUUCAUCCCGCACAGCCCCGCCGAUGGUGUCCGCGACAUCUCGUCCCAGAUCCGCAACGGCAUGAUGCAGGGCGGAGUCCCUGGGCAGCUGCGCAUGUGA